CGUAACUAAACUAGUCUGUCUAUGUUUUGUAACCGUGUUGGUUGUGUGGAAAAGUAUUGUGUGUCGAAUUAUUUUUUUUGAAAUCUAGUGCUUUUUGAAGUUCACGAUGUCGGAUGAAAUCGCAGAGAAUGGAACAGCUAACGGAGACGUGCCAGAGAUCGAGCUGAUUAUAAAGGCAUCGACGAUCGACGGCCGACGGAAGGGUGCGUGUCUAUUCUGCCAGGAGUACUUCAUGGAUCUGUACUUAUUAGCUGAACUCAAAACUAUCAGCCUAAAGGUAACGACAGUAGACAUGCAAAAGCCGCCUCCAGACUUCCGCACCAAUUUCGAAGCGACGCACCCGCCCAUAUUGAUCGACAACGGUCUCGCAAUACUCGAGAACGAGAAGAUAGAACGACACAUCAUGAAGUCGGUACCCGGCGGGCACAAUUUAUUUGUACAGGACAAAGAGGUGGCGUCGUUAAUCGAGAACCUAUACUCCAAGUUGAAGUUGGUAUUGGUGCGCAAAGACGAACAGAAGUCAGCGGCGCUGCGCGCGCAUCUCGGCCGCAUAGAUGCCCUGCUCGAACGCAGAGGAACUAGGUUCUUAACGGGCGACACGAUGUGCUGUUUCGACUGCGAACUGAUGCCGCGACUACAACAUAUCCGCGUUGCCGGCAAAUACUUCGUUGACUUUGAAAUUCCGACUAGCUUCCGCGCGCUCUGGCGUUACAUGUAUCAUAUGUACCAGUUGGACGCAUUCACACAAAGCUGCCCCGCCGACCAGGACAUCAUCAACCACUACAAACUUCAGCAGUUAUCAGCAAAAGGUUUGGUGUUGUCGCCAACACUGACGCGGCAAGAGAAAGAGAGCAAUACGGAUUCGGCGCUUAAAAUGAAGAAACACGAAGAACUUGAGACACCAACGUUCACAACCUCCAUCCCAAUCGAUGUCAACGACUUGAACAAUACAGAGUAACUGUUAAUCUAUUGUCUACAUUACGUGGAGCGAGAAUGAGCCUUGGUACAAUAAAUAUUGGGCGGGAAAUCGAUGUAUGUCCACCGUUAAAUAAUUCAUUGCAGUUUGCAAUGUUGGCACCUUUGCAUUUAUUGAAAUGUUGUCAUCUCGACAGUAGUUCAUUGCGCGAUUAAAAAUCGUACUCACUGAGUUACCUCAGGGGAUUCAGCUGAUGAUGUCGGUUCACAUUAGGGCUUUAUUACACCAUCAUAUUAUAUAAAAUCAUAUCUAAAUAAAUGUAUGUAUCUAUUUAUUAAAUACAAUAACAGUAUCCAUAUCAAUGAAAAAUUUUACAAUGUCUUGUAUAGAUUAGGAGUAAUUUUAUUUGAUCAUUUUUCGUUUACAAUCUAUACUAUGACUAUAAAAUAUACGUAAAAUAUUAUGAUACUGUAAUAAUCCCCUUAGACAUACAUAUCAAGCGAUAAAUAAAUAAACGAAUAAAAAAUGCACAGUAUAAUAUGAGCUACUGUAUUACUUUCUCUGUGCUAUGCCUUAUAUUGUCCAGUUGAGUUUUGUUGUUAUAAUCUAAUGGUAUUUGUACAUUAUUGAAAUAUAGUACCGAGGGUUCCCAUCCCUGAGCGUGUCUCCCCUCCACACGUCCCUCCCCCCUCCCACACCUAAAAAAAUAUAUUUUUGUAAUUUCAAUGUCUUUAAAGUUAAAAUCUAUAAGAUUGGAUGUCUAGUAUGGUGCGAAUGAAAUCGUUUUUUUAUGGUUACGUUUUAAAUUUAUACGUGAAUCCAACAGCGGACAUGUUAGGCUAGCUGUAUCGGAAACUAUGUCAUUAAGUUAUUGUUUUAUAGUUACGUGAUUGUUUUACCUUUAAAAAAAAAAUGUUAUGACAAGUACAUAAUUUUCAUUUCUAGUUAGCCUCAUAAAUAAAUAUUGACAAAUCAAAGGGGUAUAUUACACUAACAAUAUAUAUAUAUAUAUAUAUAUAUAUAUAUAUAUAUAUAUAUAUAUAUAUAUAUAUAUAUAUAUAUAUAUAUAUAUAUAUAUAUAUAUAUAUACAUACAUACAUAUAUACAUAUAUACAUAUUUGAAUAGAUCAUCGAAUUGUUUAAUUAGUGAUGCACUUUUAAUAUCGAUAAAAUAUAUUUUUAUAAUAGUAGGUACCUUUUAUACUUAAGAAUCGUCUUACAGGAUCACAUUUUAUUUCCCAUCUGUAUUUAUGGGGUAUUUGAUAAUGUAAUAUGCCUCUUACAUAUAUGAUAAAUCAUAAACGUUAUGCAGUAUAGUUGUACAUUUUGACAUUUGAAUCAUCAGACUGUGAGAUGACAGUGGCCAUUAGAAAUUUCAUUAUCACUGUAGUUUUGGUAACUUACCCCCCUUAAUUGAAAAAAAUAUGCUAUUUAACAAUGUAUACCGUAAAAACAGAGGGACAAAGAUACACUUGUUUCAUGUAUACAUGCAAGUUACACAGACUUUCAAAUCUAUACAAAAAAAAAUUAAUUACCCCUUAUUUAGUGAGCGAAUGGACAUAUUUAUCGUUUAGUAGGGGGGUAUAGUGGAUAAUUUUUAGAUAUCUAUUUUUUUUUUUUUUAUUAUUUAAUUCAUACGUUAUUUAAUUCGGCAGAGGUGCUGAACAAGUCGAGAGUCAGUUCUCUUAAAACUUACAAUUUUUGUACCCGAGUAUUACCUCUUGUUUUAAAAACAUGGGUCAGUGAUGUUUUUAAAGGGUUUAUAACGCGAAACUGGCAACAUUUGUACUUAUUAUUUGUCAAGAUAAUGUAACCAUUCUAUAUAUUUCAUAAUGAUAAUUUAAACAAUUCGAUAAGUGAUUACCCUCAAACAAACUUUAGUUUUAAGAAUCUUUAAGAACAUAAACAAAAAUUAUUUAUUUCAUUGCCACUUUUUAUGAUAAACUUAUGUUGGAUUUGAACUAUGAUUAUUGGCGAAGUGCAAUACAAAGACACUUUUCAAAUAAUAAUUUAAUAUUUUUUAGUUUUGAAAAUCGACAUGUCUUACUGCAAUGUUGCCAGACUUCGGUAUGAACACUUUUAAGAUAGAAGAUAGAAUAUGUAUUCAGUGUUCAAACACAACGAAUAUGCGUUUGGGAUUAUUUUUGUACAUUCACAAUAGGUGUAAGAUUGGUUUACAGAUUUACAGUAUUCAUUUAUUUGUUCUUUUUGGACUCCCACUAGUUUAGUUUUUAGGUUAGAAAUUGAAACAAUUCGCCGCCAUUUUUUUUUUAUUAUAAUGCCUCUGCCUUCUAUAUUUUUUUUCAUUAUGAAAGAACUAAGUUAUUACCAUUUUUGAGUGCUCUUGCCUGCCCGAAUAUUACCUGCCUUCGUAAAGGUAGUUUAAUAUUAUUAAGUACUUACUUAUUUCUGUAUUCAUGACCUGAAUGUUUUAAUAUCUUCAAUAGAGAGUAAGUGAGGCUUUAAGUUGGACCACCUAUUUAUUUUAUAGACAUUUUAAAAUUCAUGUAGGUAUUCAUUAUUUGCAGGAUUUUUAUGAGUAUUUGGAUGAGUAAGUUUAAAGAAAAAAAUAAAUACUUUUUAUUUGCAAAUAAAAUCAUUAAUUUAAAUAGUACACACAAUAGAAACAAGGGCGAGAGGCGACCAACAUGUCGGAUGGACAAUGUAUAAAAUAUUAAUACUAGAUAAUAAUGUAAAAUAAAUAUUAAGAAAUAAACAAGGAUGAAUAUUAUUAUUUUU